AUGGCAGAACAAGAGGGAUGGGCGGACCCAAGCGGGCCAUUGCCAAAUGGGCUGUUGUCAGGAGCAGGCCCGGUGAUGCGUGCGCUUGAAACGGACAGAUGGUUGAAAGCGGAGGACAGGACGUCAGAGCUCAUUGCCUGCAUUCAACCCAAUCCGCUAUCUGAGGACCGCAGGAAUGCUGUUGCAGAUUAUGUACAGCGGCUGAUCAUGAAAUGCUUUCCCUGUCAGGUUUGUACCUUUGGUUCUGUACCCCUGAAGACUUAUUUACCUGAUGGAGACAUUGAUUUGACUGCUUUCAGCCAUGAUCAAAAUUUGAAAGAUACAUGGGCCAGUCAAGUUCGUGACAUGCUAGAGAACGAGGAAAAGAAUGAGAAUGCUGAAUUUCAUGUGAAGGAAAUCCAGUAUAUUCAAGCAGAAGUGAAGAUAAUUAAAUGUCUAGUGGAAAAUAUUGUGGUAGACAUAUCCUUUAAUCAGGUUGGUGGUUUAUGUACGCUGUGCUUCCUCGGAGAGGUUGAUAAUCUGAUUAAUCAAAAUCAUUUGUUCAAGCGUAGCAUUAUAUUGAUUAAGGCAUGGUGUUAUUAUGAAAGCCGUAUAUUGGGGGCUCAUCAUGGACUUAUUUCUACUUAUGCUCUGGAGACUUUAGUUCUUUACAUCUUUCACAUUUACAACAAUUCCUUUCAUGGACCACUUGAGGUCCUUUACCGUUUUCUGGAGUUCUUCAGCAACUUUGACUGGGACAAAUUUUGUGUAAGCUUAUGGGGACCUGUGCCCAUUAGUUCACUACCUGAUGUAACUGCUGAACCUCCUCGGAAGGACAGUGGAGAAUUGCUCCUUAGAAAAUCGUUUCUUGAUGCUUGUAGCUCUGUGUAUGCUGUUUUCCCUGGUGGCCAUGAAAAUAAUGGACAGCCAUUUGUUUCCAAGCAUUUUAAUGUUAUUGAUCCUUUACGCGUGAACAACAACCUUGGACGUAGUGUUAGUAAAGGUAAUUUCUUUAGAAUACGGAGCGCAUUUGCUUUUGGAGCUAAAAGACUAGCUAGAAUACUUGACUGCACCAAAGAAAAUGUAAUUUAUGAAGUUAAUCAGUUCUUCACAAAUACAUGGGAAAGGCAUGGCAGUGGAAAUCGGCCUGAUGCACCAGGCGCUGAUUUGUGGCGCUUGAGAUUAUCGACUCCAGAGAGCGUUUAUGAAUUUGAUAAUUCAAAGAAUGACAUGAUUGGCAAAAAAAUGAAUGGCAGAUCCUCUGGUAAUUAUUCGCCAGUAAGCGUGUCUAGAAAGAGUGAGUUGUCCGCAGCUUCUCAAACUCACAGCUUAAAAAAUCACGUCAUGUUGAGUAGCUUGAGGGGUUCUGGACAAAGUAGAAGAGACACUACUUCCAAUCAGGUUGUGAAUAACGAGAAAGGUCAGAGAGAUCUAAAACCUGAUCUUUUGGUGAAUGACUUCCAGGGAAAGUUCCUUUUUGCCAGAACACGCUCAAGCCCAGAGCUUACUGAUACAUAUAGUGAUGUUUCAUCUCAAGUACGGCAUAAUAGAUCGACUGAAAGUGCAAAAGUGCAUGCUGCUUCUGUACGGCCAGAUAGUAGUAACAGGAGGAAGAACCAUGGAUCUGAAGGUUUAGCUUGCAAUAACAGUCAAUCCUCAGUUUACAAUACUCAAUCCGCUAGGCACAUCCCAUCCCGUCAAAGUCUAGACACUGCUGCUGACUCUAAUAGUAGUUCACAUAGCUAUCAAAGAGACUCUGGUUUGGAUGCAUCAAAUGAAGAUCUUUCCUCGACCUCUGGAACCCAGGGGAUGUACCAGGAAGAACAAGAUUUUGUCAACAUGAUGGCAUCUGCUUCGCUUCAUGGCUUUAACGGUCAGCUUCACUUACCAUUCAACUUACCAUCUGGUCAAAUGCCUUUCCCGAUCUCACCAUCCUUGUUAGCUUCAAUGGGGUAUGGUCAACAGAAUCUACCAGGAUUGCUUCCUACAAAUAUUCCUGUAUUUGAUCCUUCUUUUCCAAAUUUGCAAUUUCCUCAUGGUCUGGUUUCACCCCCGUUCACUCAUUAUUUCCCAAGCAUCGACCACGGGUCACGUUCUGAAGAUGCACUGGAGCAAAGUAAUGAAAACUUUGAUGCUGUGGGAAUGAACCCCAUGGAAGCAGACGAUGAAUUCUUGCAGGAGCAGGAUGUUGGCUCCACUAGUGGCUACGACCCUGAUAAUGGAAGUUUUGAAUUGAUGCAGUCCGAUGAUAAACCACAGGCUAGAUCAUCUAGUUUGAAAUACACCCCUCCAUUUCGAACAACUAGUAAACAUACCAAAGAAAAACAUGGAUCAAUGAGGGAGGAUAGUAAUAAUUUCCCAUUGCAUGAUAUCAGAGGUAGCAAGGCUUACGGGGAAGAAAGACCUGCAGCUUCAAGGUUCCCUUCUGCUACUCGCAGUGGUUCUUCGAGAAGUAGAGCUUCUUCAGAGGGUUCCUGGGAUGGACCAUCAGUAAAGAACCCAAAGUCGACAAAUGAAAGACGGGGAAAGAAAAUAGUUGCUGCUGAUCCGGUUAUUGGCCAUGGUAAAGGCAAAAUUAUGUCUGAACAUACAACAAAUCAGGCUGAAGAUUAUGAUCAGGAAUGGAUUGCACUAUCAAAUGUGGGGACUGAUAUGGCAGAACAAAAUCCGGUUUCUCAAUCUAUUGCAUCUUUGCAUGUCCCAAGGCAUCCUGUCCCUGGCUUUGAAGUUGCUCAAACAAGUGGAUCAGACUCAAUGAUCCCCGUUUCCCCAAUGCUGAUAGCUCCUGGUUCUAGACAGAGGAUGAUGGAUAACAAUGGGCUUGUUGCAUUUUAUCCUACUGGACCUCCAAUCCCAUUUGUAAUGUUUCCAGUAUACAAUAUUCCUCAUGAAACAGGAAUCUCUGAUCAAUCAACUGACCAUUUUGGAGGUGAUGAAAGCUUGGAUAACAGUGACUCUGGUCAGAACUAUAGUCCUGAGGGCUUUGACCAGUCUGAGGAUUUAAAUUCUUCUAGUUCCUUGAGGGGGACAACUACUAUUGAGACAUCUAAUGAGCAAAAAUUUGAUAUUCUCAACAGUGACUUUGCCAGCCAUUGGCAAAAUUUGCAAUUUGGAAGGUUCUGCCAAAAUCCACGCCCCCAUGGACCUUUAAUAUAUCCUUCACCUGUAAUGGUCCCACCAGUUUAUCUGCAGGGUCAUUUCCCAUAUGAUAAUCCUGGAAGACCACUUUCAGCUAACACGAAUCAUUUCACUCAGCUAGCGAGUUAUGGUCAACAUAUAGUUCCAGUUGAUCCCCUUCAGUCUGUUUCCAGUAGAUCUCCAUAUGUUCAUCCAAGAUACAUAGAUGAUAUGCCAAGAUAUCGUAGCGGGACUGGGACUUACCUGCCGAAUCCUAAGGUUUCUGUAAGAGAGCGACACUCUUCUGGCACUAGAAGGGGGAAUUACAACUAUGAUAGGAACGAUAACUACGGUGACAGAGAGGCUAACUGGAAUGCUAAUUCAAAAUCACGAGGUGCAGCACGAAGCCACAAUCGCAGCCAAACUGAUAAAUCAAACUCGAGAAUGGACAGGGUGGCUUCCAGUGAGAAUCGAGCUGACCGAUCAUGGUCUGUCCCUUCUUACCAAUCCCAGAAUGGUCCAUUGCACUUGAAUUCUAGCCAAAAUGGUCCUAAUAUGGCACAUGGCAUUCAUUCUUUUCCGGUGAUGAACCCCAGUGGAGUGUCUUCUAAUGGACCUUCCGUCCCACCGGUCAUGAUGCUUUAUCCUUUUGACCGCAACACUACUUAUGGUUCUUAUGGUGAACAGCUCGAGUUUGGGUCUCUUGGCCAUGUAGGUUUUUCAGGUACAAGUGAACAAUCACAGCCAAGAGAGGGAAGUCGAGGAAGGACAUUUGAGGAACAUAGAUUCCAUGGGGACUCUGGGCAACGUUCUUCACCAGAUCGACCAUCCUCUCCUCAUCAUCAGAGGAGAGUUUGA